AUGAAGGCCUCUCUUAAUAGAUAUUCGAUUAUUGUAGUUGUUUCUCUGGCAGCUAUUCUUGCUCUAGUACAUACAAGCGAAGCAACUUGUGCAAACAAGGCUGUCUAUGAUUCUUGCAGUAAUACGGGAAAUUCCCAACUAAGCGCCUGUUAUGCCAAACCUAAUGACUUUAUUUGCCAGUGUGCUGCUAUGAAAGGUAUCUGUCAAAAAAAUGAUCGAGACAUUACUGAUCAAGGAAAUUCCUAUGAGGUGUGUUUUAUAGUAGGUGCCUCAACAGAAAUCAAGCAGACUUAUUACGUAGAUAAAAUCUGCUUGAUUUCUAUUGACGCAGCACCUGCUCCGACGCAACCAGAAAAGGCUCCCAGUUCAACCCCAACGAACCAAGCGAAUCCUCCCGCUCCAAAUGGACCACCGCCAUCAUCUCCUAAUAACCCUGCACAAACUAGCACAUCUGAUAAAAAAUCUUUUGCUAAUCCCAAUAACGAUGGGCGACAGAUUUUCUUUGCGAUUAUUCUGUCGAUAGCGGCUCUUAUCAUGGCGUUUUAA